AUGAAAGCUCCCGCUUCCGCCGGUCCUCGUACCGCCAGCUCUCGACCUGAUCCGACGCGCAUCCGUCAACUCUUGUGUCCUCCGCCAAUACCAGGUAUGCAGGACUGGGGCAUUCCAUCGGAGCCAGACGAGCCAUGCGACGAAGGGAUAAGGACGAAAAUAGCCACUUUCCUCGCCCUCAAACGCGACCCGGAGAGCCCGCGCCAUUUCAACGACUCGCUCAUGUCCAACCGGAACUUCCGCAACCCCCAUCUGUACGCGAAGCUCGUCGAAUUCGUCGACGUCGACGAGCGCACGACCAACUUCCCAACGGACCUAUGGGACCCGCUCGACAUAAAAGAAGACUGGUUCGCAGAUCGCAUUGCCGAAGCGCAGAAGGCGCGCUCUGAGGCGACAUCCACCGCCCAACGCUCCGCCAAGCGCACGAAGAUCGACUUCACGGGCUCCUCCUCGUCCUCUGUACGGCUCCCAAGCCGGAACGAUGGCAACGGUGGAGGUGGAGGUGGCGGGAUUCUAGGUGGAGGAUAUGGUCGGGGCCGGGGUCGCCCUCGAUGGGGAUGA